CUUUUUUUAAUUUGCUGGCUGGUGUUCUUCUUUAUGUUCAUAAUGACUGGAGUAAUCUACUGGAGAUCUGCGACAAAGUACGAGUGUGGCUGGUGCGGGAUGGCUGGCCCGUUGUGUGAUGGUUGCAGAAAUGACACCAUUGGAGAAACCCCCUAGGUCUUAUCACCCCUCGCAAACAUGAGGAAUUGGCCAUUAACCUGCCAUGUUAAUCACGUCAGGAUGCAAUGGCGACAGGAUGGAUACCGUUGACGUUUGGUGUUGUUGUUGUGGUUUUCCAACACAAGAUGUCCAUAUAUAUAGGAGUACUUAGUGCAUCAUAUCAUCCCGUCUAAUGUCGCGUGCAGCUCGCAGGAUUUGAAGUCAGCAGCCAACAAUGCCUCCCCGAUUUCGUCGCGUGGCCGUGGUCGGCACUGGUCCUUCGGGACUGUCAGCUGUCAAAGCUCUCCAUGAUGAAAACACGUUUGACACGAUCCGGGUUUUUGAGCGACGCGACCGUGUUGGGGGCAUCUGGCACUACGAUGCGACUCCGGAUCCCUUCCCUAGCCCUAACACUCUUCUCGAUGGUCCCAGCCCAGCCCCUUCGGCUCUCCCUCAAUUCACCCCUUCUCUGCCAGAGAACCCCACUGCCCGCACAGGCAUCUAUGAUCACCUCGACAGUAAUGUCGGAGCUAAAGCCAUGUCCUUCACCCACACUCCAUUUCCCGAGGUCAACUCGGCCCUCUCCAUCAGACAAUUUGGACCCGCCAAUGCCUCUCGUCCAUUCCGCGUGGUAGCCAACUACAUCGAGGAUCUGUUCCAGCCCUACCUCCAUCUGGUCUCGCUCCGGACGACAGUCGAACGGGUGGAGAAGAUCGGCGAGGAAUGGAGACUCACCCUGCGGAGAUCCGGCCAGCUCUACCGCGGGGUCCCUCAAGACUACUGGUGGACUGAGACCUUCGAUGCCGUGAUCGUGGCGACGGGGCACUACAACGUCCCCAACAUCCCCGAGAUUCCCGGGCUGGCGGCGGCGUCGGAGGCGUUUCCGCGUGCCUUGGAGCACGCCAAGGCCUUUCGGAGCGCCAAUGACUACGUCAACCAGCGCGUUCUGGUGGUGGGAGGCAAUGUCUCCGCCGCAGACAUCGUCACCGAAAUCCACUCCCUCGUGGCAGGGCCGCUGUAUCUCAGCCAGCGGGGGUCCAACCCCGUCCUCGAACCCGCCUGGACGCUUCCGAAUGUCCAACGCAGACCCACCAUUGCGCACGUGUCGACCACCGAGCAAGGCAUUACCGCACACUUCACCGAUGCCACCUCGCUGACCGUCGAUAAAAUCAUCUUCGCCACCGGCUACCGAGCCUCCUACCCCUUUCUCAUCCCCGACCCUGUGACCCCGAACAAUCGGGUGGCAGGCUUCUACCAGCAUAUCUUCAGCAUUGCCGACCCCUCGCUGGCUCUGGUGGGACAGGUCCGGGCGGCCAUUAGUUUCCGCGUCUACGAGUAUCAGGCCGUCACGGUGGCACGCUACUUCGCCGGUCGGUCGAGGGAGCUCCCGACUAAAGCGGAGCAGGAUCAUUGGGAGUUCAAGCGCCUGCAAAGUAAAGGGAAUGGAGUUGGCUUCCAUGAGAUCAAGCCAGAUUUCAAGGAGUAUUUUGACUUUUUGGUGGAUCUUGCCGGGGAGGGAGCCGGACUACCGCCGUGGGAGGACCGGUGGGCGGAGGAGGCGUUUGAGAUCUUGCAGGCCAAGGAGGCCUACUGGAAGAGGUUGAAGGCUGGUGAAAGCCAGAGUGCAGUGAGGGCAAAGUUGUAGAUAGCCAGGUAGAUAGCAUCACGAUCAAAUCUCGUCCAUGAACCAGGGCUGAUGGGAAUGUAUUUCAGACAACGUAUUGCUUAGGCCGCUCGCUGGAUUAUGUCCCUAUGAAAGC